UGAACUAUGAGUGCUCCAGACUUGAUUCAUUUGGCUCCCAGUAAAUCAGCAAACUAACUUGUGUUUUCUUUUAACAGUGGACAGUCCUAGAGUGCUGGUGGCUAGAAGAAGAAUAUAAGCAAAACAUUGUUGCAUUUGGUUUGUUGAUAAGAACAUUUAUUAAUUAAAAAAUGGACAGCAAGGCGGAACAAGUUGAUGCACGCUGUAGCUGGACGCGAGUAGCUGGACAGGAGCUAGGCCAACUGGUGGCGACUCGCAUAUCCGAGGAAGAUGUAUUUGAAAAACCCGACUUGGACGAUGUGGUAAAUGAGGAACGCGCUGUGUUAUUUUCCAAUAAUGAAGGCCCUACUGUGCCAUGCGAGCUACAAUUUCAAAUCUUGCCGCGCUUUAAAAUAGCGGCCAUUACGCUAGUUUGCAGCACAUCCAAAGUGGAAAUAUUCGUAGGACCAAGCCAGGAGUAUUUGGAAACCAAGCAUGGUACUGCUGUGGAGCCAGAUGACAGUGAUGUGCCAAUUAGACCUUAUCGCUAUGAUGUAGAAAUUGAUCGUUCCGGCAUAGCAGACAUUACACUAAAGCUACUAACGUCGGCUAAAGAGAUUUGCGUGUUUGGUACUAUGUUGCAUAUAGCACCUAAUCCCAAUGGCAUUACUACACAGCUGCAGAAACCCAUUAACAUAGCAAGAAUGCAGGAACUGCUGCAGAAAGGUGGCUUACAAAGCAAGCAAGAUAAUGAUCUCAUGUUAGAGAAGUUCGUGUCGCUAAAGAAUAAUAUUAAUGAUCUGCAUGAUAAGCUGGAGCUGCUUGAGAAAUCUAUUGCUAAAAGACUGGAUGACUUUGAAGCUAAGCAAGCUGCAAAGCUGGAUAGAAUUUUGGAGCUGCUGCAGCAAAAGAUGUGAGCGUGGAUUUAUGUAUCUAAUUAAAAUAUUUUUAUUUUUUCGAAUACUACGUUUAAAUUUUAAAAUUGUUUGACAAUUGUUUAUUGU